UCUUGGUUCUACUCUAGUACGAGUGUUGUCUGCCACUCUGCACUUCCUCUCCUUCACACUCAGCAUGAGAACUUGCUGUUCUGGUGGGAACAAGAAAGUGUGUACACAUAUGAGGCCGUUGUCCUGCAGAUGAGCUGUCGGUGGGGGCUGUCGCGUCGCUGUCGCACAUCCGGAUAAUCCCUGGCCGCGGUGGCGGCACUGGCACUGGCACGUCCCCCCCUCAGCAUGCCCAACACCAGUCGGGCGGGGAGCCUGAAGGACCCUGAUGUUGCUGAGCUCUUCUUCAAGGAGGACCCUGAGAAACUGUUCUCAGACCUGCGAGAGAUCGGACAUGGCAGCUUCGGUGCCGUCUAUUUUGCACGAGAUGUGCGGACCACUGAGGUGGUGGCCAUCAAGAAGAUGUCUUACAGUGGAAAACAAUCCAACGAGAAAUGGCAAGACAUAAUCAAGGAGGUGAAGUUUCUGCAGAGAAUACAGCACCCAAACAGCAUAGAGUAUAAAGGAUGCUAUCUGCGAGAGCACACUGCCUGGCUGGUGAUGGAGUACUGUCUAGGCUCUGCCUCCGAUGUCCUGGAAGUUCACAAGAAACCUCUACAAGAAAUGGAAAUAGCAGCGAUUACCCACGGUGCUCUACAAGGGCUAGCUUACCUUCAUUCCCACAACAUGAUUCACCGAGAUAUCAAGGCAGGGAACGUCUUGCUGACCGAACCUGGCCAGGUGAAACUUGCAGAUUUUGGUUCUGCCUCCAUUGUCUCUCCAGCCAACUCUUUUGUGGGGACGCCAUAUUGGAUGGCCCCAGAGGUAAUCCUGGCUAUGGACGAAGGUCAGUACGAUGGGAAGAUCGACAUCUGGUCUCUGGGAAUAACCUGCAUUGAAUUAGCUGAGAGAAAACCUCCACUGUUCAAUAUGAAUGCGAUGAGUGCCUUAUAUCACAUAGCGCAGAAUGAAAGCCCCACACUGCAGUCAAGUGAAUGGACGGAUUACUUCCCAAACUUUGUGGAUUCUUGCCUUCAGAAAUUCCCCCAAGACAGGCCCAACUCUGAGGAACUGUUAAAGCAUGCGUUUGUGCAGCGGGAGCGGCCCGACUCUGUCCUGAUGGACCUGAUCGUGAGGACCAAGGUUGCGGUGCGGGAGCUGGACAACCUGCAGUACCGCAAGAUGAAGAAGAUCCUCUUCCAGGAGGCUCACAACGGCCCUACAGCCGAGGCACAGGACGGAGACGAGGAGGAACCGGAGCACAGUGGCAGGACAGGCACAGUGAGCAGCGUUGGCAGUAACCAGUCUAUCCCCAGUAUGUCGAUCAGCGCCAGCUCCCAGAGCAGCUCUGUCAACAGCCUGACCGACGCCGGAGAUGACAAGAGUGAACUGGACAUGAUGGAGGGAGACCACACGGUCAUGUCCAACAGCUCCGUCAUUCACCUCAAACCGGAGGAGGCGACGACUUAUCGCGAAGAGUCUGAACCUAACAGCCGGCCACCCACUGAGCCCCAGUCUCCCCCUGCACACACUCCACGGCCAAAACACCACCGCAACCGCGAGCACUUUGCCACAAUACGCACAGCCUCCCUGGUGACCCGUCAGAUGAAGGAGCACGAGCAGGACAGUGAGCUGAGAGAGCAGAUGUCAGGCUAUAAGAGGAUGAGGAGGCAGCACCAGAAGCACCUGAUGGCCCUGGAGAACAAGGUGAAGGCUGAGAUGGACGAACACCGGCUCCGUCUGGACAAAGAGCUGGAGAACCAGAGGAACAGCUUCGCCCAGGAGAUGGAGAAACUCAUUAAGAAGCACCAGGCCGCCAUGGAGAAAGAUGCAAAGACCUUUACCAAUGAUGAGAAGAAGUUCCAGCAGCACAUCCAGAGCCAGCAGAAGAAAGAGCUCAACAGCUUCCUAGAGUCCCAGAAACGAGAGUACAAACUCCGCAAGGAGCAGCUGAAAGAGGAGUUGAAUGAGAACCAGUCAACCCCUAAGAAGGAGAAGCAAGAGUGGCUGUCCAAGCAGAAGGAGAACUUCCAGCACUUCCAGGCUGAGGAGGAGGCCAACCUGCUGAGGAGACAGAGACAGUACCUGGAGCUGGAGUGUCGACGCUUCAAGAGGAGGAUCCUUAUCGCUCGCCACAACGUGGAGCAGGACCUAGUGAGAGAGGAGCUGAAUAAGCGUCAGACGCAGAAGGACCUGGAGCAUGCCAUGCUGCUGCGGCACCAUGAGUCCAUGCAGGAGCUGGAGUUCCGCCAGGUCAACACCAUCCAGAAGAUGAGGGCUGAGCUGAUCCGCCUGCAGCACCAGACAGAACUCACCAACCAGCAGGAGUACAACAAGAGGAGGGAGAGAGAGCUCCGACGCAAACACGUCAUGGAGGUCCGACAGCAGCCUAAGAGCCUCAAGUCCAAAGAGCUCCAGAUUAAGAAGCAGUUCCAAGACACAUGUAAGAUCCAGACCAGGCAGUACAAGGCCCUGAGAAACCAUCUACUGGAGAGCACACCAAAGUCUGACCACAAGGCUGUCCUGAAGCGUCUAAAGGAGGAGCAGACCCGCAAGCUGGCAAUCCUGGCUGAGCAGUACGACCACUCUAUCAACGAGAUGCUCUCCACACAGGCUCUGCGUCUGGAUGAGGCUCAGGAGGCUCAGUGCCAGGUGCUGAGGAUGCAGCUGCAGCAGGAGCUGGAGCUACUCAACGCCUACCAGAGCAAGAUCAAGAUGCAGACGGACGCCCAGCACGACCGCGAGAGGAAGGACCUGGAGCAGAGAGUGUCCCUCCGGAGGGCCCUGCUGGAGCAGAAGAUUGAGGAGGAGAUGCUGGCCCUUCAGAACGAGCGUUCGGAGAGGAUCCGUAGCCUGCUGGAGCGCCAGGCCAGGGAGAUCGAAGCGUUCGACUCAGAGAGCAUGCGUCUAGGCUUCAACAACAUGGUGCUGUCCAACCUCUCCCCAGAGGCCUUUAGCCACAGCUUCCCCGGGGCCCCAGGCAGCUGGGCCCACCCCCAGACACAGCACAACUCUGGGGGCUCUCAAGGACCACACUGGGGCAGUGGAGGGUCAGGGCACCAAGGCAGCCAUCACCAACACCACUACCACUCUGGUCAGGGAGGGUCCCCCAUGCAGCAAGCCUGGGGCCAAGGCAUGCAGGGAGGCGGGGGUCCUCAGCCGUGGGGCCACCCCUCUGCAGGGCCCCUGGGGGCCAGAGGCAGUGGAGGAGUGCAGAACAGCCCCCAGGCACUGAGCAGGACAGCCUCAGGGGGGCGCAGUGAGCAGGCUAUGAGCAGGAGCACCAGCGUCAACUCUCAGAUAUCCAAUGGGUCGCACCUGUCCUACACAUAGACUCCCAGCCCAGCCCCAGAGUCAGAGUAGGGCGCUGCCGAGUCCACAGAGUAGAGUGGGACAGUAUGGGCUGAGCUCUACUACACCGCCACCUCUCCUUCCCCUCUCUCCUAUCCCUCGUUCCUCUCCUGUCCUGUGUACAGAUAUGGAUGCGUGUGGAAAUAAAUGUUGCUCAGGUCAAAAGGGCUGAAAGAGGCACACCCCCUCUACACAGCAGUUUAUUAGCACACAUACAGAUCAGUUCUUCUGUUUCUAUAGAAACCAUUCAGUGUCAACACUUAAUACUUUCUUCUGUCUUUAUUUUACAGUUCUCUGUCUCUCUCUUAGAAAUCAUUUUCAUGUACAUAUAUGUGCUAUUCACAGCCACUGCUCGCCUUUUGCACCACUGAGACCACUGUCAAAAAGCCUUUUGACAUCUGCUAACUGCUUUUAAUUUAAACGUUUUUUAGUGUCUACCAAAUCACAGCAAGCUAAGACAGCCCAUGAAAUUCCCCUGUUCCAAAUUGGCCCAUCUAUCCAGUUAAUUUAUUUCAUUUUUACUCCCCUUAUGCCAGCCUGCUUUUAUGGUCAUUUUAAAUAGCUGAGAUUGUUUCUCUUUCCAAAUCAGAAGAAUGUUUUGCAUUCUAAAAUGUUUUAACAGGGAGAGGUUUAAAGAACUGUUCAGAUACCGUAUAGAGCUGCUUGACCAUACCUGAAACAAAUUAAAGUUGGUUUGAAAUGAUAAUUUAGGUUUGAGGAUGUGAGGGACACUGGGACACAAUGUCAUUGGCUUGUAUUUUGGCCAGCUUCCAUAAAACUAGCUUUUGUUGUUGUAGCCAAACUUACUUUAAGCCAGGCAGUUGUUAUUAAACAUCUCACAAACUUA